GUGGUGGGCACCUAUAAUCCCAGCUACUCGGGGAGGCUGAGGCAGGGGAAUUGCUUGAACCCAGGAGGCAGAGGUGCAGUGAGCCGAGAUCCCGCCACUGCACCUACAGCCUGGGCUCUGGCAGGAGACGCUGCCAAAAAAAACCCCAAAAAAACAAAAAGAACAAAACAACAACAACAAAAAAAAACAAACAAACCAGCAGGCUCGGAGUGGGACAGCACCGAUUGUUUUAGGAAAACGGCAGACAAACCAGACAUGGGGGGAAUCGCCAGCUUCGAUAGGACCAAGCUGAAGAAAACGGAGACGCAGGGGAAGAACACCCUGCCGACCAAAGAGACCACUGGGCAGAAGCGGAGUGGAAUUUCCUAAAAGCCCGGAGGAUUUCCUGCCCUCGUCAUCCUCGAGACCCCAGUCGUGGUGUGAAGAAGAACGACCUGCAAGAUGGACACGAGCCACAAGCUGCACUGUGAACCUGGGCAUUCCGCGCCGAUGCCACCGGCCUGUGGGUCUCUGAAGGACCACCCCCAAUCGGACUGCCAAAUUCUCCGGUUUGCCCCAGGACAUUAUAGAAAAUUAUUUCUAUGAAUAAUGAAAAUAAAACACACCUCGUAGCCGAAAAAAAAAAAAAAAACAAAAAAA